GGUUGAGUUCAGUUGCCGCUUGUCAGUCGCCACGUGCGGUUCGGUUUCGGUUACGGUUACGGAUCCCGAUUCCACAGAAAUUCUGCGCCGCGCCGCAGAUCCAGUUUACGUCGCAUUUUUCGAGUGGGAGGAAGCCUGCAAAGUUAAACGCGGGAAGCUAAGUAAUUAAAAUACGAUAAAAUGUCUGGUAAUGAUGUUUCGGUGACUGAAACAGCACAAAGCGAUCAGUUUCAUCUGCCAACCACUGCCAAUGCAGCUGCACAUCAUCAAUAUUAUCGCUUCCACAAGCAGCAGCAACUGCAGCAACAGCAGCAACAUCAGCAACACCACCAACAACAACAGAGCUGCCUGCGACAGCAGCAAAGACAAUUGCAGUGGGAGCAGCAGCAGCAGCAGCAUCAGCAGCUUCAGCAGCAACAUCAGCAGCUGCAACAUCAACUGACCAACAGCUCCAGCGAAUUCGAUGAGUUCCAUUGGCCCAGCAAGCAGACGGGUGGCGAAAAUCUGGGUGGCAAAAUCUAUAUAACACCCGCAGACAUACCGCCGCCACCACAGCCGCCCCAUCAAAGUGGCAGCAACAGUCACAGCCACCACAAUGGCAGCAGCAGCAGCAGACAGCAGCAGCAACAGCAGCAGCAACAACAUCCGCACUCCCUCCACUCCCACAUCCACCCACAUCCGCAUCCGCACCACCAGCAUGGACAUCGCACUCCGCCGCACCGCUGCAAAUGCGAGCAUCCGUCCAUCGAACUGAUGGGCUACGAGGACUCCGUCAUCGCCACCGCCACCGCCAGCAAUACCGCCGCCAAUGUGGGCGUGGCUGGUCUCGGGAGCGGAGGCGGAGGUGUAGGUGUAGGUGGUGGCGUGGGACGCCACCAGCAUCCGCCCUACUACUACAAGGCCGCAGUGGGGCGACGGUCGAGCAACAAGCUGCACGAGUCCAUGCUGGGCGGCGGGAGCAGCCUGGAGGACGACGACGGCACCAGUGCCGGCAGCUUCGGGGAGGGCAUGUCGCGGUUCAAGAACCUAAUGCACACCAAGGAGAAGAAGCGCCGGGUGCGGAUAAUCCUGAGCAUUGUGACCGCGGUCAUAGCGUUGGCUCUGUUGGCCACGGCCCUUGUUUUCAUUCUGCGGACGGACGAGAAGGACAAUUCCGACGACUCAGACUCGAACAAUGCCAUCGAUCUGGAGGAUGUGCUGACUGGCCAAUUAUAUGCCAAGCGGUUCAACGGCAGCUGGAGCAAUGGAAACAGUCUCAUUUACAAGGAGAAUACGUCCAUCAUGGAGUUCGAUGCCCAGACAGGAGCACGUACCACCCUGAUGGAAAACGCGCAGCACUAUGUCCUGUACGAGAAGUCCGCCGAUGGGGAGUUCCUUUUGCUGGCGAAGAACUACAAGAAGAACUUCCGGUAUAGCUUCCUAGCCGAGUACGAUCUGUACAAUCUAAACACAAAGUCAAUCAAACCGUUGACCAUCCGAAAUGAGCAGCACUACCUGAGCAUGGUACAAUGGUCGCCGGUGGGGAAUGCCCUAGUGAUCAACUACGAUCGGAAUCUGUACUACAAGGAAAGUGCUUUGGAGCAGGAGAUCGCCAUCACGAGCGAUGAGCAAGCGGGCAUACUGAAUGGCAUUCCCGAUUGGGUGUACGAGGAGGAGGUGUUCAGCUCCAAUGUGGCCACCUGGUUCAACCCCUCGGGCACCCAAUUGGCCUUCAUCAAGUUCGACGACUCGUCAACCCAUCUGAUCAACUUCCCCUACUACGGCGAUGCCGGAGAUCUGCGCUAUCAGUAUCCACUGCACCAGGUUAUCGCCUAUCCGAAGGCCGGAUCCUCGAAUCCGCGCGUGGAACUGGUGAUGGUUGAUCUGAAGAGAGCCGUUGCUGGCGGGGAUUUCGUGACCGUGAUGCCGGUUCCGCCGGCCCUCAACACGGAAACGGACUACAUCGUCACCGUGGUCAGUUGGGUGGACGAUGACAACGUUCUCUCCAUCUGGAUGAACCGCAUCCAAAAUGCCGCCUAUGUCGUCACCUUCGACGGGCUUAACAGGAAAGUGAUUUAUAGUCCAGAAUCGAGCACCGGUUGGGUGGAUCUCUAUACCGCUCCGUUCCGUAACCGCAACGGAUCCCGUCUGGCCUUCGUCCUGCCCCACAACAACUAUAAGCACGUCCAGCUCCUGAGCUCCACGGUGGCCAGUGCCGAGCCACAGGCGCUGGAGCCCCUGACCGAUGGCAAGUAUGUGGUGGACAGCAUCCUCCACUGGGACGGAAAGAACGACAUCAUCUUCUACACGGCCAACACAGAGGAUCAUCCAGAGCAGCUGCAUCUGUACGCCAUUCGGGCACUGGCCAAGCAGAGUCCCAAGUGCCUCACGUGCAACCUUAUCAAGUCCGGGGAUGUGCAACAGAACUACUUCUCGGCCACAUUCAACGACAAUAACCACAUUGUGAUCACCUCUCAGGGACCUGGCAUUCCAACUACCCAUAUUUACGAGUGGAAAUAUGAAAACUCUCAAGUCGUCAUCUCAAAAGUCCUCGACUGGGAAACCAAUGAAAGUCUGCGUGCCAAGCUGAAGGGCGUGGCUCUGCCCUCCCACAAGAUCCUUACCGUAGACAUUGACGGUGGCUUCCAGGCAAAGGUGCUGCUCCAGCUGCCGCCCAACUUGGACACCAGUGGCGCCACCAAGUAUCCCAUGCUCGUCGAUGUCUACGGUGGCCCAGAUUCCUAUUCUGUUACCAACAAAUGGAUGGUGGACUGGGGCACAUAUCUGAGCUCAAAUCAGUCUGUGAUCUAUGCCAAGAUCGAUGGUCGUGGCUCCGGACUCCGCGGAGAGAGUCUUCUCCAUGCCAUCUACUUGAAGUUGGGCACUGUGGAGAUCAGCGAUCAGAUCAACGUAACUCAAAAACUCUCCACGCUGUUCAACUACAUUGAUCCCGAUCACGUCGGCAUUUGGGGCUGGUCAUAUGGUGGCUACGCAGCUGCCAUGGCUCUGGCCAAUGACGAAGCCAAGGUGUUCAAGUGUGCCGCAUCCAUAGCUCCAGUCACGGAUUGGGCUUACUAUGAUUCCAUUUACACAGAGCGCUAUAUGGGUCUUCCCAAUACGAAUGAGGUGGGCUAUGCCAACUCUAGACUGAGCACAAUGGCCGUGAAGCUGAGGGGUAAGAAAUACCUUCUGGUACAUGGCACAUUGGAUGACAAUGUGCACUACCAGCAAGCCAUGAUAUUGGCCAAGAAUCUGGAGCGUCAAGACAUUCUCUUCAAGCAGAUUAGCUACGCUGACGAGGAUCACGGUCUGUCCAAUGUGCGACCCCAUUUGUAUCACUCCUUGGAUCGCUUCUUUGGCGAAUGUUUUGCCAGCAGUCGCCUAAUGAAAAGUGCCAAAUAAUCAGGGCAAUAAUUGUGCAACAUAAACAUUGAUAAAAAAAAAAUAACACUGACAUAAUAGACAUUACAGUUAUAAUUGCCAGAUAAUAUCUAAUGAUUAGCUAUGUUCUGAGAUCAUUUUUCAGCCGCUUCUAGAAAAGUGAGAAACAAAAAUUGGUACUUAAAAAUUGAAUAGAUUUGCAAAUUAAACAAGAACUUUAAAAUACUAAUUAAUCAAACAGCUUAAGCUGAUGCAAAGUUCAAAAUGCUUAAACCGAAAAGUUAAACAAAAACUAUAAACCAACAUUAUGCAGGUCCAAAAGUGUUAUAAGAUAACUUUGAACAAUAAUCUUUUCAAAUUGCAUUUUAAGACAUUUUUAUCUUAAAGAGAACAGAAGAAAUCAAACAAACAAUUAGUUAAAAUAGCUGCAAUUAAUGGAAAACAUUGUCUAGCUAGUGCCUGAUUACAUGCUAAUGAAAGUAAACAUUUUUGUAGAUAUUGCAAUUCAAUUACAAAUUGUGUACUCAAACACCUCCAAGCGCCCCAAUUUAAGCUUACCAAUCGUAGGACAGACAUUUUAAAUGGUAACCGCAACGUGUAAAUUAAAUAUAAAGCAAACCCAAGGUAGUACGUAAUUUUUGUAGCUUUUUAGUUUGCUACUUGUAAAAAAAGUAAUAAAAUUUGUAAAUAGUUAAAAACGAUAGCUGUUAAAUGGCUUUUUGUAUAUUAGAAAACCACAUUGUGUAUAGGCAACCGUUACAAAGGCAACAAACAAUAAAUAGAUAAAACAAUACAAA